AUGAGGCUAAACAGUGACGUGCAACUACGCUUUGAGGCGAAGGCGACUAUUGAUCAUCUGGAGAGUCACAACCUGAGAUUGGAAAAUCAACUGAAGCUGGCACAGCAUGAGGUACAUGAGGCACAUGCCAAAAUCUGCAAAUAUGAAUCCCUAAACAAAGAUCUUGAGCAGCGUCUUCAACUCCAAGCGGACAAAAUCGAAUUUCUCGAAGAGAAGUUAAUGAAGCUGAGACGUGAUACUAAAGAUGCCGAUCGCAAUGCCCAGCAAAGUAUGAAUCGUGUCAAUCAGUUGACGGAAUCUCUCGCUCGCACUGAUAAAAAGCUGGAGGAAAGUCGCAUCAACAAUGUCAAACUCGAGGGGGAAUUAAGAGCCGCCGCCCGGAAUCUUCACUGUGUGGAACGCGCCUUCGAGCGAUCUUCCCAACAGGUUCGCAAUGCAGAUCGCAAGAACGCCGAACUCCAGCAGCGUCUCCACGAGACCGAAACUCGCGCCUUCCAGGCCGAGUUGCACGUCCAGCAGCUGCAACACAACUCCGAGAAUCUCAAGCAGCAACUCGAGAAGCGCUCGUACCACACUCUACGCAAAUUCAUCAUCUCUAGGGACUAA